AUGAAGUCCAGUGGCCUCCUCCUUCUGGCGCUUCUUGUCCUGGGAACCCUGGCACCGUGGGCCGUGGAAGCUGCUGGAGAUGCUGUGAAGGCUGGCGGCUGCCCUAGGGUACCACUAGCCAAGUGUAUUCGGUUUGAGGACCCUGAAUGCCAGAAUGACUGGCAGUGCCCAGGAGAGAAGAGAUGUUGCCCUGGUCUGUGCGGAGUCCAAUGCCUAGACCCUGUGAAACUCUCAAACCCAGUGAAUAAGCCUGGCCAGUGUCCGGCAGUGUAUGCAGAGUGCAUGAUGCUGAACCCUCCCAACCACUGUGAGACAGAUGGCGAGUGCAUGGACAACCUCAAGUGCUGCAAGGGCAUGUGUGGCAAAGCUUGCAUUGCCCCUGUGAUGGCCUCCACCGGCCUUGGGGCGAGGAGCCACAGGGUCCCUCAGAGCUCUGGUUCUGCUGCUGCCUCCGUGGCUGGGGCCCUGGCAAGGGAUCCUACUCGCAUCAUGACACAUUCCAAGGUGAAGACCAGGUUCUACCACCAGCAUGUCCUUCGGGGAAAGCCUUGA